UAUAGGAAAAAACUUAACUUGUACCAAAUCCCAUCGGUGAAUAACACAGAUUGGUAUUAGGGUUCUUUUCAAAUUCUGGGUCCAUUAUGGCUAGAGCUUUAGUUCAUUCAAUAAACAUUCCAUCUUCCGUUGCUGCGAAUGGAAGGGAUGAACAAUUCAAUGGAUCUCAGAAAAAUCAAACAAGUUUUAGAAUGAUAUGUGAUGUAAAAUUUCCUUCUUUCAAGCUCAACAGUUCUGUAGGACUGCGAGCCUGCAAUGCAUUAGAUGCAAAAUCUGCUGAAACUUUUGUCAAACGGUCUCGAAUUGUACCAAAAGCAAUGUCUGAUAAAGCAGUAAUUGGACAAAAUGAGGCCAUGCGACUAGGUCACAAUUUAAUCGGAACAGAGCAGAUUCUGUUGGGUCUUAUUAGUGAGGGAACUGGUAUUGUUGCUAAGGUUCUUAAAUCCAUGGGAAUUAAUUUGAGAGAUGAUGCUCGUAUUGAAGUAGAGAAGAUUAUUGGCAUGGCUGCUCGUGUUCUUGAAAACUUGGGUGCUGAUGACCUCAAUAACAUUUACAAUCAGGUCUUAAGGAUGGUUGGCAAGAGUAAUGUGGGUGUUGCUGCUAGUGUUGGAGGUGGAACUCCUGGCCCAAAUAUUUUUUUUUUGAUAUGGUUGAUAUUGAACAAAGUAUUCAAGUGUUAAUCUUGAUGUAGGACCUAAUUUCUGUUUUAGCUCUUUGCAUGAACAAAUUUCAAGUAAUACAAUUAAAAGUGAUUUUUUUAAAUAUUAAAAAAGAAUAUUGUUAUUUUUUUUAUUUACUUAUUACGAUGGUAGAUUAUCUAUUACUUUUGAUAUGAGACGUAGUCCUAAUGGUAAUACGAUUAUUUUACAUUUAAUGUCCAUUGGAUCGACCAUAAAUGUAACAUGCAAAAACAAAUAUUAGCGUAUAAAUAUGUUGAAGAAACUAAAACGAAUUCUUAUACAGCAUCAAAAGUAGACUCUUUUUUGCAAUAUUAUGGAUUAUGUGAUAAAAUAAUGAGUGUCACUUUAGAUAAUGCUUCUAAUAAUUUAAGAGCAGUUGAUUAUUUAAAAAGUAGACUU